AAUGUUUCCACUAUAUAUAUUUAUACUCAUGUCACACACUUCUUCAUUCACUCCUCUCUACCUUUCUAGCUAUAUACCUCACUCCCUCUCUCUUUUGCUUCAACAUAAACAUGGUCACAAUGUUGUUGCUUGUGGUUGUGGUUGUGGUUGUUGGUUUCUUGAGUGCUGGUGUUGGUGCUGCACCACAAGUUCCUUGUUACUUCAUUUUUGGUGAUUCUUUGGUUGAUAAUGGUAACAACAAUGCUCUUAGAUCUUUGGCUAGAGCUGAUUACCUUCCUUAUGGAAUUGAUUUCCCUGGUGGUCCUUCUGGAAGGUUUUCCAAUGGAAAAACUACUGUUGAUGCAAUUGCUGAACUAUUGGGAUUCGAUGAUUAUAUUCCUCCCUAUGCAUCAGCCAGUGAUGAUGCCAUACUCAAAGGAGUCAAUUAUGCAUCUGCAGCUGCUGGAAUUAGAGAGGAAACUGGACAGCAACUGGGAGGGCGCAUUAGUUUUAGUGGCCAGGUGCAAAAUUACCAAACUACUGUGUCUCAAGUGGUAAAUUUACUUGGAAAUGAGGAUCAAGCUGCAACAUACUUGAGCAAGUGUAUUUACUCAAUUGGAUUGGGUAGCAAUGAUUAUCUAAACAACUAUUUCAUGCCUCAAUUUUAUUCCACAGGGAGUCAGUAUACACCAGAUGAGUAUGCUGAUAAUCUUAUUCAAUCAUAUACUGAACAACUUAAAACUCUUUAUAAUUAUGGAGCAAGGAAAAUGGUACUAUUUGGGAUUGGUCAAAUAGGCUGCAGCCCAAAUCAAUUGGCCCAAAACAGCCCUGAUGGAACAACAUGUGUGGAAAAAAUCAAUUCUGCAAACGAAAUAUUCAACAACAAAUUGAAGUCUCUUGUUGAUCAAUUUAAUAACCAGCUUCCUGAUUCAAGAGUUAUCUACAUAAACUCUUAUGGUAUUUUUCAAGAUAUUAUAAGCAACCCUUCAGCCUAUGGUUUUAGUGUAACAAAUGCUGGAUGUUGUGGAGUAGGAAGGAACAACGGUCAAAUUACAUGUUUACCAAUGCAAACACCAUGUGAUAACAGAAGAGAGUAUUUGUUUUGGGAUGCUUUUCAUCCAACUGAGGCUGGAAAUGUUGUUGUUGCUCAAAGAGCUUACAAUGCUCAAUCUGCAUCAGAUGCUUAUCCUAUUGAUAUCAACCACUUAGCUCAGAUCUAAUCUAUGAACAUGGUUUUGGUAGUGGCAAUUAAUAUGUUCCACUACCAUAGUUAAUGUUCUUGGAAUGUGUUGUUUCUUUUAAAGCAUAUAAGUGUUUUAAAUUUUCUUUCUUUAUUGUCACAUACUAUUCAUGUCCUAAUUGUUCAUAAGUGUCUUCACAAGUCACAACAGACCAUGUUGGCUGAUUAAUGCUUCUUGUGAAGUUUUCGUCUAAUUUAUAGAAUUUGGAUUUAUUCAAGUGCAUUCAAGUGCAA